CCGGGCCGGCUUGGCUGGCUUACCCCGAGCCGCAUAAUCUCCGCGAAUCGACUGGGGACAAGGCGUAAUAUACUGUCGCCAAUCGAUUUAUGCCAUAUUAAUUGCAUAUCAAGCUACCACGUGUUAGACGAGCACUUCGGAACGACCUUUGCGAUGUCUUUCGAUACACCGGCUUCACCUCUCAAUCCUUCGGAUCCUCAUGCACGGCUCCUCGGCGCCUCAUGUCUUGAUUUCCUGCUGAUAGAGCUCGUUCCCAUGGCGGAGCGCAUGGCAAAAGAACUUGCCUCAGAGGACAAGCUACCGGAUGACGAGGAAAUUCGGGAAACUACAUAUUUCCGCCUCGAAACUCUGGGUUACAGGGUUGGACAAGGACUCGCAGAACGAUUCUCCCGAGACCGCCCUCGAUUUGCAGAUAACCUGGAUAUCAUCAAAUUCCUGUGCAAGGAUCUAUGGACGGUUCUUUUCAAGAAACAGGUGGAUAAUUUGAAGACAAAUCACCGGGGUGUGUAUGUCUUGACGGACAACUCUUUUCGACCGUUUGCAAGAAUGAGUACGUCUGUUCGGAGUGAAGCGGUAUCCAUGGCUCAAGCGUAUCUAUGGUUUCCAUGCGGUGUCAUUCGCGGUGCUCUAUCGAAUUUAGGCAUUACAACUACCGUUCAAGCGGAGUCUGCUGAGCUUCCAGGCGCAACCUUCCAAAUCAAAACCGUCAACCCUAAGCCCUGAACGUGCAUAGCUCUAAGUAUUUUGGGAAAUCAACUGGUAUAAUUUACGUUCACUACCGAGAACUUGAGCGACAACUACAACACUCAACAUCCC